ACAUUGUCCAAGGAUCCCUAGCGUAGCGAACAUUAUGAGUUACGUGACUUCGAAGUUGUGUCAACAAGCAUCGUCGGGCUAGUCUUCUUAGUCGCCCCACCACCUCGGCGGGGAGUCGUUUGCGGUCCCCUCGUCUGGACCAGGGACCCUCGGGGCCCCGGCAGGUGUAAGACAGUGUUUCCAUUCACUGCGAAGUGGCAGCAAGGAAAGCAACGGCGGGGAUCGUUUUUCCCUGGCGAGCUGUGUUGAACGGUGAAUUAAUGGUAUAAUGCGCAAACGGUUAAAUGGUGAUUUACAAUUCGACAAGGCCAGCCUCGUGAGUCUCAAGUUUUAACUCUCGACUUGCCUUCCGCGUUAAAAAAAAGUGGUAUACUUUAAUCUCGGAGUAAUGACAAUUUGAAUUCAACAAUGUGACGGAAAAAGUUGAAGGAGUAAUGAAGUGAAUGUGAAAGCGUAAAUUAACGCGCGGAGGAAGUUUCGUCGAAAUAAAAAGGGCUGAAUGUCACUAUCAUGGUUUUCUUCGGAAGGAAAGACAAGCUGGAGGACCGGCGAUUGUUGGAGAGCAUGGACGCGAUAAACGGCACGAUUAUCCAUCAAAUCGACAACGCCGCGUUCAUGCACGUGCGCGACAACCUCGAGGAGCUGGGCGAAGUCGCCGAUGACACGGAUCUGUUGUUUCUGAAGGGCCUCCUCGACAGCCCGGUCGUCACGUCCCUCGUGAAGGUGCAGGAGCGUCUUGAAGACCCGCCAGUGCCCGCGGAGCCGGUAUGCUCGUCCGUCUGUGACAUCGUCGACGAGGUGUGCCACGCGUACCGGGACUCCAGGGACUCGCACGCCAGGGAGCUGGUGAACCUUCUCGGCAACGCGCAUCUGCGAGCGCUCCUGGAGACGCACGACGCGGUCGUGGAACGCAGGGAAACGCCUUCCACAUCGUUCGAGCCGCGCGCGUUGACGAUGCCGGCGAGCAAGAGGGAGGAGAUGCCUCCUAUCAGGGUGGUCGGCCUUCGGAGGCAACCGGAUGAACCCCUGGGUCUGACUGUGCAGGUAGAUGAAUCUGGGAAUAUGAUUAUCGCCAGGAUCCUCGGUGGCGGCACGGCCGCUCGUCAAGAGCUUUUGAAAACAGGCGAGGUGAUACUCGAAGUCAACGGCAAGAGGGUUCGCAAUCCCGAGGAGCUCCAGCAGGCGAUACAGGAGGCCAAGGAGAAUCUAUCCCUGAAACUGGCUCCAGGUAUCGCUACGGACGCGAACCGACCUCUCAAGUCCACGUGCUACAUGAGGGCUCUCUUCGAUUACGAUCCCUCGGAGGACACGAUUUUGCCCUGCCGGGAGAUCGGUCUGCCGUUCCAGAAGGGCGACAUCCUCCAGAUCGUCGACCAGGUCGAUCCGAACUGGUGGCAGGCGCGAAGAGUGGAGGGCGAGAGUCUCGGAUCGCCCGGGCUGGUACCAUCGCUGGAGUUGGAAGAGCGCAGAAAGGCGUUUGUGCCGCCCGAAGCCGAUUUCGUUCACAAGAUCAGCAUCUGCGGCACAAGGAUAUCCAAGAAGAAGAAGAGAAAGAUGUACCAGUCCAAGUCGAACGGCGAGUUCGACGGCGCCGAGUUGCUUCUCUACGAGGAGGUCGCUCGGAUGCCGCCGUUUCGACGCAAAACCUUGGCCCUGGUCGGCCCACGCGGCGUAGGCCGGCGAACCCUGAAGAACAGGCUGAUCAACAGCGAUCCCGACAAGUUUGGCACUAUCGUACCCUAUACAUCGAGGCCGCCUAGAGUCCUCGAAGAGGACGGCAAGAGUUACUGGUUCACUGAUCGCGAGUCCAUGGAGACCGACAUUAAGGAGCACAGGUUCCUGGAGCAUGGGGAACACGGUGGGCAUUUGUACGGGACGAAACUGGACUCUGUGCGGGAACUGAUAAGGGCCGGCAAGAUGUGCGUGCUAGACUGCAGCCCGGCUGCGCUUAAGAUCCUCCACAACAGCACCGAGUUCAUGCCCUACGUCAUAUUCAUCGCCGCGCCCGGGAUGGAGCAGCUCAAGUCUUUGUACGAUCUCGGGAGAUCGACCGGUGCCAGCAAUCGAAAUCUAACGUUCGACCGCCAGAGUUCCAUCAGGUACAGUUCGAGAAGAGCCAGGACACUGGAGUCCCUCGCAUCUUUAUACGAGGAGGACGAUCUGAGAUCCACGUUGGAGGAAUCCGCGGCCCUGCAGAGAGCCUACGAGAAGUACAUUGACUUGGUGAUCGUGAACGAGGACUUUGACAAUACGUUCAGGCAGGUGAUCGCAGCUUUGGAUGCCUUAGCCACGGAGCAUCAGUGGGUGCCGGUCAAUUGGAUUUACUAAUCCAUUCCUGAGGCGCAGCGUAUCGGGGGAGCUGCGAGUAGUUUUACGCGCGAAUGAGAGAAAGGAUUUUUUAUUACUGCCUACUGUCACUUAACGAAAAACCGCGAGAUUACGGGAAAGUGGUAUUCAGAAACAGAAACUUCGUUUGUCGCGCGGCCAAGAAAGCGCGAGGCACGUGUAAUCAGAGUACAAAGAAAUGCUACGAAUAUCUCACGCCGCGUGGAGCGACAUACGAACAUUGUCGCGUGAUCAAGAAUCUCAUUUUUGUCCCAAGUAGAACAAGUUAAUCACGAAAACGUCAAUGUGGCAUUAAAAUGAUGAAUUUUACGUCAUAAAAUGAUCGGCAUCAAGAUUUACUUUGCAAUGACUGAUUUAUGACAUGCUGUUUUACGAUAUUCGUGAUGUGUAUAAUAUAUUAUUACAGAUUACAUUAUCAGUCAUAUAUUGUUUAUCUUAUACUACUUCAAUUUAUAUUGUUACGUCCGGCUCCGCCGUCCGCACAACACCUCGCACACUCGCGUACUCGCGUACUCGCGUGCGCGCUCGCGUAAUUGAAAUAGAGCCGUGUGAGGAAGGAAAAAGGAGAUCUUUAUUACACAGAAAGAACGGCCCUCGAACGUCUGCACCAGGCAGGGGCCAAACUCUGAAUUCGUUUACAAACGUGUUAACAACAAAACACAACCGUAACCAGGCAACUUGAACAUCAUAGAGGGAAUUCGCCAAAUCGCCAGAUACUGGGCGUCCAAUAUUAGCGGGCGUAACAAUAUUUAAUGUGCAAUAUUUAAUUAACUUUACUUUGUAAAACAAGAUCAUUUUUACAACAUUUUGAUGCCUUGAUGAUGUCACAAAUAGGUGCUCUCGGUGGGCUAUUUUGACGUCACCAUAAUGCAUAAAAAAUGACGUCAUCUUGAUGUUUUCAUGACUAAUAUGUUCUACUUGGGGUCGUUCAUCAUUAAACGCAUCGUUUACGUUAGUUUGUUAUAGAUUUACAAACGACCCGUUCUGCGCACGGAAUCUCCUCCAGUCUUGUUUCGCGCAUUACUACGUGAAAAUCAGGGUUGGGAAGUAGCUUGUUACGUGUAACGAAGUUACAGUUACUUCUUCUGGUAACUCUAACU